AUGAGAAUCACCGUGGCUUGCGAGAUUCCGAAACGACGUGCUCCCAGACAUGGGAAACCCCCCGACCACUGGUGGAACGCUGAGAUUUCCCUCCUCCGGUCAAACUGUGUGAGGACCAAACGCAGGAAAACGAGGAUGGUAGCUCGGAUCGCUCGUCUACGAAGGCAGGCAGCAGUCGACUUUGAUAACGAGCGCGCAGAGGCAGAGCUGACUAGAACGAACGACGCUUAUCGCGAAGAUAAGCGCCAGCUAAAGCAUGCAAUUCUUUGCAGCAAAAAAGCCUGCUGGGCGGAGCUCAUCCAGUCCGUGGACAACGACCCGUUCGGUAAACCAUACAAAAUAGUCAUGCGUAAACUAAGAGGGUACCCUGCUACUAGCACAAUGGAGCCCGAAAUACUUGAAGCAGUCAUCAGUACACUAUUCCCCAGCCACGAUCACAGGCAGGAGGAGCUGAGAGAGGAAUAG